AUGGCUGCAUCCUGGCUCUUGGUGCCACUUCUGCUCGCACAGACCCUUGCGAGUCCGGAUGUGUCGUGCUUGUCUUCCAUCAAGGUCAUCGACAACUUCCUUUCCGAUGCUGAAGCGCAGGCUGUGAUCACAGACCUUGAGGCGCAGAGGAGUGGGUCGGAGCGUGUGCGCCAAGAGGCGCCAAUGCUCGCACAGCGCCUCAAAUCGGAGCUGAGGUCAAAGGAGCAGGAGGCGCAGGUCUCCAGUGCUGUGGAAGUGCUGGAGCCUGUGGGUAAGCUUAUUCUCGAAGUUGCGGGCCACGCGGCUCUGGAGAAGCGGCUUCGGGAAACCAUGACUGGCAAGGAGGCAGCACAGCUGGAGGCCUCCAAGUCUUCCGUCCCAGUCUCUCGCAAGAGUGGCGAUGUGCAAGAGCACUCGGAUCACAUUAACACCUGGGUGAACAGCAAGGUUCCGGGGACGGCCGCGGUCGCCUACCUUGAGUCCGCCCCGGAUGGCGGCAGCUUGGGCAAGCUGAUCUUCAAGGACGUCUCUGACGACCAGAAGGUUGUCAAGGAGGUGGAAGCUAUCGCCAAGCGCUUCAUUUCCUGGGACAACAGCAAGUGCUUGCACAGCUUCAAAGCACGCUACCAAGGCAUGCGACGUUUGCUCGGCCCUCUUGCAUUGACUUCUUAUGGAGACAUGGUGAAGGUGGGGCCUAUCACCCAGCCGCCCACCACGACCACGGAGACACCGGAAGCAACGACCACAGAAGAGCCGGAACCGACUUACUACGGCCGUUGGAAGAAGAAGUGGUGGUCCUGGAAGAAAGGCUACUCAGGCUAUCCACAGCCGAGCACUAACCUUGUUCAGGACGGCUCGUCGGACACCGUGCAUUUCAUGCAGAUUGAGAAGAACGGGAGCCACAAGGAGCUGUGA